AUGCAUGGAUGACUGAGUCACACGCUCGGGRUGGAUCAUGAUGUUCAAGGAAUUUGAAAUAAUUAACCAUCGUUUUCAAACAUCUAUCUCAAUGUUAUGCCGUCGAAAAUCAACGUGUUUAUCUUAUUCGUAGCUGUACAAGCUAUCGUAUUCAGUUUGUAUGAAUUUGAUGCUGUAGACAAAGUAAAUGUCGCUGUUAAUCGUAGUAGAGAAAGAUGGAGGAACUCGAGUGGUUUCUAUGAAUUCGUUUUCCAGAAGAAGAAAGGAGAGAAAGAAUCUUCAAACCAUCCUGGUUUGUUUGCUUCYAUAUCCGAAUCUUUAUCAAACGCUAAGCAAGUAACUAUUGACUGGAUUCACUCGUAUUUGUCGAAGAAAACUGUUGUCGUUUUGCCGCCACCAUCAUACAUAACUGGUGGUGUUAUAAGGGACCAUGCAUUUGCUCCGAAAAUUACCGAAAACAAUUUGUUUCUACUGGUAUUAAUAACAUCAAAGCCCAGUUCACUUUCCAGGAGGAACGUAAUACGUAAGACUUGGGCAGGAACAGUUGAUAGCAAACACAAAACAGGUCGAGCUGCUAAAUCAGCAAAURUAAACCCGAAGUUCGGUUCAAAGGUUUAUUGUGUCUUUACGGUUGGUUUCUCCAAUGAUGCAAAUAUAGAUCAAGAAGUUGAGAGUGAAUAUCUCGCGUUUGGGGACAUCUUGAGGAUAGAUAAAAAAGAAAGCUACAGGAAUUUAGUUCAUAAGAUAUGGGGUUCUUUUGGUUGGGCUCUUGGUGUGAAGCCCAAGUUCGUUUUAAAAGCAGAUGAUGAUACUUACAUUCAUUUGCCUAAUCUGAUUGGCUGGCUUCACGAUAAACAUUUACCAACCAAGUUAUAUGCAGGUUUUGUACAUUAUCGUGGUCAGGUCUAUAGGAAUAGACAGUCUCGAUGGUUUGUUAGUCGUUCAGAGUUCCCUGCUCAUUAUUACCCAAACUAUUGCGCAGGCCCCUUUUACGUGUUUUCUACAAAUGUGUUAAAACAGUUGUACGACUCAUCACAGAGAAUCACACGCUUCCAAGUAGAAGAUGCUUAUUUUGGUUUGCUUGCUAAAAGUAUUGGACUCAAUCCCUAUCAUGCUGGUAAUCAGUUCUUAUUGGAUAAUAAUUUACACUCGACGUUACCAAAGAUUCCCGAUAAACGACUGAAGGAGCUGUCAGCUUUGGGGCAUGGACUCGACUCUCUUGCCAUAGAAUUCAUUCAUGACAAAUAUACUCGAAUUAGAGACAAAUCCGCAAAACAAUACUAAAUCAACUAAAGAAAAUUAUAAUAAAUAAGUUUAUAAUAAAGUUUUUAUCAAA